ACAGCAGUACAUGUGUCAGGCUGCGCAUGCGCGACACUCCUACACGUGUGCGGCGCACAGAACUUUUCCAGCAAGAAAGUUUGACGGUGUUUACACACCCGGCCUGACUUCACUGCACUGCGAUUAAACGUCUUUAUUCGGCACGAUGCCGCCGACGAUUCAUAACAGUUCAACAGCCGGAAGAGCAGUGUCUCUCCGGGAUGAACUCGUGCAGCUCCUGCAGCAGAGGAUUCUGGUUCUGGACGGAGGAAUGGGAACGAUGAUCCAGCAGAAGAACCUGGAGGAGGAAGAUUUCAGAGGUCAAGAGUUCAAAGAUCAUCCCAAGAGUCUGAAGGGCAAUAAUGACAUCCUGAGCAUCACUCAACCGGACGUCAUCUACAGCAUCCACAAGGAGUAUCUGGAGGCCGGCGCUGAUAUCAUCGAGACGAACACCUUCAGCAGCACCAGCGUCGCUCAGCAGGACUACGGCAUGGAGGAUCUGGCGUAUCGGCUGAAUAAGGCGUCUGCUGAACUGGCGAGGAGAGCGGCUGAUGAUGUCGCAGCACAAACAGGUUGUAAGCGGUUCGUAGCAGGAGCCCUGGGUCCCACCAAUAAAACGCUGUCUGUGUCGCCGUCGGUGGAAAGACCCGACUUCAGGAACAUCACGUUUGACGAGCUGGUGGAGGCGUAUGCGGAGCAGGUGAAGGGUCUGCUGGAUGGAGGCGCUGAUGUUCUGCUGGUGGAAACCAUCUUUGAUACGGCCAAUGCAAAGGCGGCUUUAUUUGCCAUCGACAGGCUGUUUGAGGAGAGUUAUGAACCUCGACCUGUGCUCAUCUCAGGCACUAUUGUAGAUAAGAGCGGCCGCACACUCUCGGGUCAGACGGGCGAGGCGUUCAUCAUCAGUGUGUCUCACACUCAGCCGCUGUGUAUUGGUUUGAACUGCGCUCUCGGUGCGUCUGAGAUGCGUCCGUUCAUCGAAGCCAUAGGAAAGAGCACCGGAGCGUUUGUCAUCUGUUACCCAAACGCUGGGCUUCCCAACACAUUCGGAGGCUACGACGAGACACCCAAUGUCACGGCGUCACAUUUAAAGGAGUUUGCGGUGGACGGUUUGGUGAAUAUUGUUGGUGGCUGCUGCGGAACGACACCCGAUCACAUCCGGGCGAUUGCUGAAAGCGUGCGUCAUGUCAAACCCAGAGUUCCUCCUACAGACGUGUACAGUGAUUAUAUGCUGCUGUCAGGUCUGGAGCCCUUCAGGAUUGGCCCGUACACAAACUUCGUGAACAUCGGUGAGCGCUGUAACGUCGCCGGAUCACGCAGGUUUGCCAAGCUCAUCAUGGCUGGACAAUAUGAGGAGGCGUUGAGCAUUGCUAAAGCUCAGGUGGAGAUGGGCGCUCAGGUUCUGGACAUCAACAUGGACGAGGGGAUGCUGGACGGAGCCGCUGCGAUGAGCCGCUUCUGUAAACUCAUCGCCUCUGAACCCGACAUCGCCAAGGUGCCGCUGUGCAUCGACUCGUCGAACUUUGCAGUCAUCGAGGCGGGGCUGAAGUGCUGUCAGGGCAAAUGCAUCGUCAACAGCAUCAGCCUGAAGGAGGGCGAAGAAGAAUUUCUGCGCCGAGCCCGACAGGUCCGACGCUACGGCGCCGCUGUGGUCGUCAUGGCGUUUGAUGAGGACGGACAGGCGACAGAAACGGAUGAGAAGGUGCGGAUCUGUACGCGUGCUUAUCACCUCCUGAUCAGUAAGGCGAGCUUUAACCCCAAUGACAUCAUCUUUGACCCAAACAUCCUGACCAUCGGCACAGGCAUGGAUGAGCACCGCAUGUACGCCAUCAACUUCAUCAAAGCCACCCGGAUCAUAAAGGAGAGUCUGCCGGGCGCAAGGAUCAGCGGCGGCCUGUCCAACCUCUCCUUCUCCUUCAGAGGGAUGGACGUCAUCAGAGAGGCCAUGCAUGGAGCCUUUCUCUACCACGCCAUCAAGGAUGGGAUGGACAUGGGAAUCGUGAACGCUGGCAAUCUGCCGGUGUAUGACGACAUCGAUAAAGAGCUUCUGCUGCUCUGUGAGAACAUCAUCUGGAACAGAGACCCAGAUGCCACUGAGAAACUCCUGCUGUACGCACAGAAUAACGCUAAAGGAGGAAAGAAGGUGGUCCAGACGGAUGAGUGGAGGCGCAGCAGCGUGGAGGAGCGGCUGGAGUACGCACUCGUCAAGGGAAUAGAGAAGCAUGUUGUGGAGGACACAGAGGAGGCGCGUCUGCAGAUGGAUCGUUAUCCCCGUCCGCUGCACGUGAUCGAGGGGCCGCUCAUGAACGGCAUGAAGAUGGUUGGAGAUCUGUUUGGAGCUGGAAAGAUGUUCUUACCGCAGGUGAUCAAAUCAGCCCGUGUGAUGAAGAAAGCUGUCGGACACCUGAUUCCCUUCAUGGAGGAGGAGAGACAGCAGAUGAUGUCCGGAUCUGAUGAAGACGUGGACCCGUAUCAGGGGACGGUUCUGUUGGCCACGGUGAAGGGAGACGUUCAUGAUAUUGGCAAAAACAUUGUGGGAGUCGUGCUGGGGUGCAACAACUUCAGGGUCAUUGAUCUGGGAGUGAUGAUUCCCUGUGACAGAAUCCUGCGGGAGGCCAUUCAAAACAAAGCAGAUGUCAUCGGUCUGUCGGGUCUCAUCACUCCUUCUCUGGAUGAAAUGAUUCAUGUUGCCAAAGAAAUGGAGCGUCUUGGCUUGAAGAUUCCUCUGCUGAUCGGUGGAGCCACCACAUCAAAGACUCACACAGCGGUGAGAAUCGCCCCGCGGUACAGCUCGCCCGUCGUUCAUGUUCUGGACGCGUCCCGCAGUGUAGUAGUGUGCUCUCAGCUGCUGGAUGAAGCUGUCCGUGAGGAUUUCUUCGAGGAGAUCCGGGACGAGUAUGAAGACCUCCGACAAGAUCACUACGACUCACUGCAGGACAGACGCUUCUUGUCUCUGAGUCGGGCGCGAGAGAAGGGCCUCCAUAUAGACUGGCUCUCGCAAACAAGACCAGUGCGGCCGCAGUUCUUGGGCACACGCGUGUUUGAUGCAUAUGACCUGCGUAAGUUGGUGGACUUCAUCGACUGGAAGCCGUUCUUUGACGUGUGGCAGCUGAGGGGCAAAUACCCCAACCGCGGAUACCCCAAAAUAUUCAAGGACAAAACCGUGGGAGAGGAGGCGCGGCGCGUCCAUGAUGACGCUGUGAAGCUGCUUAACCGACUGAUUGACAGUGGAGGUCUUAAGGCCCGCGGGCUGCUGGGAUUCUGGCACGCUCAGAGUGACGGUGAUGACAUCCACCUGUACGCUGAUGAUGUCACGUCACACGUCGCCACCUUCCACGGCCUCAGACAGCAGGCGGAAAAGGACUCUGCGAGCUCGGAUCCAUACCUGUGCCUGUCGGAUUUCGUGGCUCCUCGUGGCAGCGGCGUGCAGGAUUACAUAGGCCUGUUCGCAGUGUCCGUGUUCGGAGCAGAAGAACUCAGUCGGGCGUUUGAGCAGCAGGGCGACGAUUACAGCAGCAUCAUGGUCAAGGCGCUGGCAGACCGACUUGCUGAGGCGUUUGCGGAGGAGCUGCAUGCUCGCGUUCGCAGGGAUUGGUGGGGUUACAGCAGCGAGGAGGAUCUGCCGGCGUCGGAACUGCACCGCCUGCGUUAUGAAGGCAUCCGCCCGGCCGCAGGUUACCCCAGCCAACCCGACCACACCGAGAAACUCACCAUGUGGAAACUCGCAGGCAUACAGGAGAAAACCGGAAUCACCCUGACCGAGUCUCUGGCCAUGACUCCUGCUGCAUCCGUGUCCGGCCUUUAUUUCUCCAACCCCAAAUCCUGUUAUUUUGCUGUGGGUAAAAUUACUAAAGAGCAGGUGGAGGAUUACGCUCACAGGAAGCAGAUGGAGGUGUGUGAGGUGGAGCGGUGGUUGGGUCCGAUCCUGGGCUACGACAAUGACUGACGCUAAACCGGUUCAAGACGACACCGCAGGGAAAACUCUUUUCUUUCCGUGACGUCGGCUGUGAUGGACCUUCAAACGUUUUGUUUUGAUGGCCUAGAUUGGGGAUUUUUCUAUCUCAAAGGAUCCAAAAAACUCUUUUGUCUUUACACUACAGUCAAGAGCGCCACUUUUAAUGACAUUUCUGUUUUUAAUGGAACAGUGACGAGCACUUAAUUUAUUUUUAGGCCUGUGGGUUUUAUAGGUUUGAUUCUCUUAUGAAACUCUGUAUUAGAUUUAAAGAAAAUAAUGGUAAAAAAAUACCAGCUUAAUUUAGAGACUCAAGCAGAACUUUUAGAUUCUGAUGUCAUCAUAUAAACGGAUCAAACCUCAGUUUUUUAGACACUGUAAGCUCAGUAAAUUCAGUAACUUUUUUGUGUUUGACUUUGAUUAAAUGCGAGGUACGAGAGCAAACAGUCAGUUUUAGUAUUAAUAUUACACGGUAUUAUGAAGAUAAUAAGAAUCGGCAUUUCAAUUCAAAUGUAUUACACAGUCCUGCUGUUUCAUUUUUUAAUAAUUUUUUCACUUUGUUAAUUUCACAACUGAGAAGAACUGUUGAAACAACGGUUGAAAGAUGUGCGUCCUAUAUUUUCAUAUAAAUCUGCACUGAAUCAAAA